AUGUGCUCCUCGCUGCGCUUGUUGGUGCUUAUAAGCAUCAUAGGAUGUGUCGAACUGAUCACAGUCAGGACUCCGCAGAAGUACAUCAAUGUUACGGUGGGUGGAAGUGUUCUACUCCAAUGUACGUUUGAGACUACAGCGCAGACCACCAACCUUAACAUCCAGUGGGACUUUGUUUCAUCGUCCUCCAUGACAUCACAGCAGGUGUAUUACUAUCAAGCAGGAAAGGAGGUCAUCACAAAAUCCUACGAGGGCAGGCUUCAGCCUCCCUCUUCCCCUGCCACGACCAGAAAUGCCUCAAUAACAAUAAGCAACAUGAAAUCAUCAGAUACAGGAGUCUACACCUGCGACGUUCACAACCUUCCUGACGUGGACGGACAGACUCAGGCCAAUAUCAUUGUGCAUGUUCUCGAGAAGCCCUCUGCUCCUUACUGCGCCGUCCACGGUGAUGUGGAAUCGGGUCACCUGGUCACUCUGACCUGCCACAGUGAGCGUGGGAGCCCGACCCCGACAUACACCUGGACCCGACUGGAUCAGACCAAGACUAGGAUGCCUGUUCUAGGAAGAGUGACCACAACUGGAAUACUGGAAAUCAGAAACAUAUCCCAGUUUGAGUUCGGGGAGUACCAGUGCAACGCCACAAAUGCUGUGGGAUAUUCUACCUGCACGAUAGAGCUGAGUGCUGAUGUGGGAGACGGAGUGAUUGCCGGCGCAGUGAUCGGCGCGUUGCUCGGCUGCGUCCUGAUCAUCCUGGCCGUGUGGUUCAUCGUUCACACCAUGAAGAGGCACAGAUACAAAACGGUCAAAGCAGCCGAGGGCAACGAGAUGAAGAGGAUCUCUCCCCAGGCCCAGGAAGCCUCGCACAGCGUUCCCACGGCAACCACAGGCGGCAGCCUCCAUGCUGAGGGAGAUGAAGCACGAGCCUAAAAAAAGGCCUGUUGCAAACAACUGGAGCGACGUCACCGUUCUGAACAACAGGAUGUUCAGUCUUUAACGUACGUCAUUCUCAAAUGUAAUCGAUGUGGUGGAGCUCACGU